GCAACUGCUUCAAUGUUUCUGCUCAGUAGAAACUCAACAUGGCCGAGAGGAGAGCGGCAGUGAAGGCAUCAGCAGAGCCCGACUUCCUACAGUUCAAUGAUCUGGCCUGCGAGGCGGUCGGUGGGAAGGUUAUUUUUGCUUCAGACGAAUGGUUCGCUCCGGCUGUCAACCUGCUGAAGAGAGAGCCGCCACAGUUCAUCGCUUCUGCCUUCACUGAGUUUGGCAAGUGGAUGGACGGAUGGGAGACGAGGAGGAAGAGAACACCUGGUCAGGACUGGUGCAUCAUCCAGCUGGGAGUACCGGGGAUGAUCUACGGCAUCGACGUCGACACGUCCUUCUUCACUGGAAACCACUCGCCCUACGUCUCCAUCCAGGGCGGCUUACUGGACAAACCGCCAACCUUCACGCUGGAAGGAGACCGAACCGGCAUGGCCGCCUCCGACAGCCAGCUGGCUGCUGUCGCCAAGCUGGGCUCGGAGGCGUGGCCGGAGCUGGUCGGUGUGUCGCAGCUAAAUCCUGGAUACUCAGACUGUUGCCAUAACUACUUCAAGGUCGACUUUAACCACCGAGUCACACACCUGCGCCUCAACAUGUACCCAGAUGGAGGGAUAGCCAGACUGCGAGUGUACGGCGUCGGGCAGAGAGACUGGUCAUCUGUCUCCCCCCACCAGGACGUUGACCUGGUGGCUCUGACCAAUGGGGGAGUCUGCCUCGGCUACAGCGACGCCCACUUUGGACAUCCACGCAACAUGAUUGGUCUCGGCCGAGCUGUCAACAUGGCCGAUGGCUGGGAAACAGCUCGCAGGCUGGACAGACCCAAACACCUGAAGGUGGACCAGCAGGGGAUCCUGCAGGUCCCCGGUUGGGAGUGGGCCGUGUUUCGUCUCGGUCAUCCCGGAGUGAUCAGCAGCAUCGAGGUCGACACCAACCACUUCAAAGGUAACUUCCCGGACUCUUGCAGGAUCGAGGCCCGUUCUUUGACCCCAGAGGAGGAAGCUGAGUGCAUCAGGACAAGGUGGAAAUCUGGGAAAUGGGAGGUCCUCCUUCCCCCUCAGAAACUCCGUCCUCACCACAGACAUCUCUACAGUGAGGUCGAGUUGACUGUGAGCCGACCCGUCACUCACGUCCGUCUCACCAUCAGCCCGGACGGAGGAGUCAGCCGGCUCCGCCUCUGGGGUCGACCGGCGCCAAUCGGCACAGCUCCGGCCGCCAGUCGGCAGAGACCGGCGUCCAAACUCUGAUCCUCCGAGCGCUUGUCCUCCAUCACCAGGAUGUCGAACACGGAGAGGAUGGAACGUUUCUGAUCUGUGUUUCACAAUACCACAUCCC